AUGCCGUCCAUCCUCAAGUACGCCGCCGUGGCUCUGGCUGCCGCUGCUCCCUUGGCCUCGGCGCAGACCUACACCGACUGCAAUCCUCUGCAGAAGACUUGCCCGGCCGAUGCUGGCUCCACCCAGUCCCAGCUGAACUUUGACUUCACUCAGAGCUCCGGCCUCAGCCAGUGGAAGACCACUGCUGGCUCCGUCAGCACCGGCUCCAACGGUGCCGUCUUCACCAUCAACAAGAAGGGUGAUGCCCCUACCAUUGAGACCGAUUUCUACAUCUUCUACGGUGAGAUCUCGGUCACCAUGCAGGCUGCUCCCGGCACUGGUAUUGUCAGCUCCAUCGUCUUUGAGUCUGAUGACCUGGAUGAGAUUGACUGGGAGGCUCUUGGCGGCAACACUGCCCAGAUCGAGACUAACUACUUCGGCAAGGGUGACACUACCACCUAUGACCGCGACACUUGGCCCGGCGUGGCGAACCCCCAGUCCACCUUCCACACCUACACGGUGAACUGGCAGAAGGACAAGACCGUCUGGUCCAUUGACGGCACCCCCGUUCGCACUCUCAACUACGCCGAUGCCCAGGGCGGUGCUCGCUACCCCCAGACCCCCAUGCGUGUGCGCAUCGGUAUCUGGGCUGGUGGUGACCCCGACAACGGCCAGGGCACCAUUGAGUGGGCUGGUGGCCAGACCGACUACUCCAAGGCUCCCUUCUCCAUGUACGUCAAGUCGGUGCAGAUCGCCAACGCCAACCCGGCCGACUCGUACACCUACAGCGACAACUCGGGCUCCUCCGACAGCAUCAAGCUCAGCGGUGCUGGUGCUCUCAUCCAGACUUCUAGCUCUUCCAGCUCUUCCAGCUCCUCCACCUCGACCAUCUCUUCCACCAGCUCCCAGUCCACUGAGAGCUCCACCACUACUCACACCACCCUGGCCACCACCACCCAGACUUCCACCUCGGCCAAGCCCACCACUCCUGGAUCCACCUCCACCUCGUCCACCUCGGGAUCUACCUCGGGCUCUGGUUCCUCCACCACCUCCUCUGGAUCUUCCACCUCGUCUGGCUCUUCGAGCACCAGCUCCGGCUCCGGCACCAGCUCCGGCUCCGGCACCACCUCGUCUGCUUCCGGCUCGGGCUCUGCUUCCAGCACUGCCCCCAAGACCAGCGCUACCUUCAACGCAGCUGCCAACGUGGUUGCCAACUACCUUGCCCCCAUCUCCCUCCUGGGCCUGGUCACUGCUUUCUUCCAGCUGUAA